CAAAGCGAUGGCUCCGCCCACCAGACGUACGUAGUCCACACAACACGGAAACUCGGGAUUACCGUCCUGUCUGCUGGUCAACCGGGAGCUCGGCGUUCGCGUCAAACAAGGUCUCCCAUGUGAACUGUCUGGGCCGAGAUGGGAGUUUUUAUGUGAUGAUGGACAGUUAGUCGGUCCCGUCAGCACUCAAUGGAAGCUCCGGUCACAGCCCCCCCUCCUCCUCCCAACUCCUCCGUCUUGCCGGUCCCGCUCCCCCUGCAUCCGGCCGUCGCCCCGUCGGUCCAGCUGGGCUUCACCAUCCUCUACACCACCCUGUACGGCGCUCUGUUCCUGGUGGUGUACGCACAGCUCUGGCUCCUCUACCUCUACAGACACAAGCGAUGGAGCUACCAGAGCGUCUUCCUGUUCCUCUGCCUGCUCUGGGCUGCAAUUCGCACCACCCUGUUCUCCUUCUACUUCUGCGACGCUCUGGAGGCCAACCACCUACCUGUUGCAGUCCACUGGCUGCUCUACUGCUUCCCCGUCUGCCUGCAGUUCUUCACUCUCAGCCUUAUCAACCUGUAUUUCACUCAGGUGCUACUCAAAGUGAGAGAGACGUAUAGCUCGGACGUGGACAGAGGAGUGUGGCUGGCGCGGUGCAUGUACGGUGGCAUGAGCGCCGUCUUCCUGUGUGUCAAUGCGGUCUGCGCGGCCCUUGGGGACAGAGGUGCCGGCGGGUCGGGGAAGCUGACCUGGAAUCUGGUCCUGGUUCGAGUCCUAGUCAACGACUUGCUCUUCAUCCUGGUUGCGGUGCUGCUGGCCGCCUUGCUGCUGCUGCUGACCAGACACUCGCGCUCCACCAGCCCCUACCUGAUCAGCAAGGGGACCACGGUGUGCCGCACAGCAACGCUGGGAGCAGCAGUGAUCCUGCUGUUUGCCAGCCGAGCCUGCUACAACCUGACGGUGCUCAUUCUGUCCCAGAGCCAACGCGUGGAGUCGUUCGACUUUGACUGGUACAACGUCUCUGACCAGGCUGACUUGCAAAGUGAACUAGGCGACAGGGGCUACCUGGCCUUUGGCGCCAUCCUCUUCAUAUGGGAGCUGCUCCCAACCAGUCUGCUCAUCCUCAUCUUCAGAGUUCGCCGGCCGGCUCAAGAGACCAGCAGCAUGGCCAUCAACAACAGGGUCCUACCUCGUCCCUAUUUCUUUGAUGACCCUCAAGGCAGCGAUGAAGACGCAGCGGUUCCAUGGGCACGCGGUUCACAUCCACACUCGAGCUGGUACGGAGCGGAGACGGCUCCUCUCCUGUUUGCCAGCAACCCUCCAGACCAGAGCCACCAGCACCACUCGUUCUACUCCACCCCCCAGAACUGACCUCCACUUUGCGCCCCCAAUGGGACUCAUCUCAAGGGCAGAAAGCACACAGCUGCCAGCCAGUAGAACCGCCCUCUGUGGACAGUUUUUGCACUGAAGACCUCAGGAAUUCAUCAACAAACAGUGAAUAUGCACCUUGUAGUUUUGGAAAACAGAAUAUAUAGAAGUCUUUUUUCUUUCCUUUCUUUUCUUCUUGGCUCAAAAAGAACAAACUUGGUGGGAGAAGCCGCAACAGACGGAACACUGUGAUCAGUGAUCUUCUUGUACAUGAUAAUGUGCUUAUUUAAAAUAAUUCAUUGUUUUAUUGUUGAUGAAAUAAGAUGAACUAGCUCUUACAAUUCCCGAAAAAUGUCAACUUUUGCUUCGUAAGCAUUCCUCAUUAAACUAGAAAGAUGCACUCAGGAGAGUGCAGAUCCCCCCCCCCCCCCCCCCCCC